AUAGGGAGUCGGGACCGAGUUCAAAUCUGAAAGGUCAGCGCCCUCUGCUCCAUAUUUGUCUGUUGAACCUGAAUCCGCCUAGCUCAGCAUGUUGUGUAACAUCCUGUUUUUUCUUUUUCUCUUCCUCUCUUGUCCUUCAGUGCCCGAGAUGUAUGCAGUGUGACACCAAGUUCGACUUCAUCAGAAGAAAGCAUCACUGUCGGCGGUGCGGGCGGUGUUUCUGUGAUAAAUGCUGCAGUAAGAAGGUGGUGCUGCCGCGGAUGUGCUUUGUGGAUCCGGUGCGUCAGUGUGCAGAGUGCAGCCUGGUCUCCCAGAAAGAGAUGGAGUUCUACGAAAAACAGCUCAAAGUGCUUUUGGCAGGCGGUUCCUUCGUGGUCACUUUGGGAACGUCGGAGAAGUCUGACACCAUGAUGUGUCGCCUUUCCAACAACCACAGGUAUCUGUUCCUGGAUGGGGAGAGCCACUUUGAGGUGGAGUUCUCUCGAAUCUCCAGCAUGCAGAUUCUGACGGACGGGUCGAGUCCAGGAGAGAACGACAUUCACACUUACACCAGUCUGCUGGACAGUCCCUUUAUCUCUGAAGGAAGCUCGUCGCGGGCCAGCGGCAUGCUGCUUCACUACAAACCGAUGGGCUCCCAGGAUGCUGAGCAGCUCCGCAUGGAGGCAGCAGACGACAAGAAGGUGGCCUCGUUAUGGUUAGCUGCGAUGCACAAGGCGGCCAAACUCCUGUAUGAAGCUCGUGACCUGUGACCUGCAGACGGCCUUCUGAACUGACCCUCCAGGCAGCACACACCCAAGUGUUCGUACCCCCGUCUCUCCGGGGGGGUUUUUCGGUAGAGUUUUGCUUUUAUUAACGCCAGCUCUGAUUCUGCGUUUUCCGUCUGAUCUCUCGGCCUCUCGAUGACAUUUUUUUAUUACGGUAAUCUCAGCAAGAAACGUUUAUACAAAUGAGAAACACUUUAUUACCUCUUUAACCAGUACUUUGUACCUGUUUACUACAAUGAUGCUGAAGAUCUCAUUUUACAUUUUGUCAAAGUUUGUCUCUGAUUGAAUCAGGGCGUUUAAUGUUCCUGACAGCUGAGCAGCAGAAGACGCUUCACAACACCAGCAAGUAUCUGAUGCUUUUGCGACGCUUCUUCCUUUAAAUGUAUUUUGCUUUCACUCUAAAUGUGACAUUUUACCUUCCACAUAACAUUUUUUUUAUAACUUCAGAGAUGCCUUCAGAUAUAGAGGCUCGGUCGAUGACUUUAAAUGCUGCAGUUAGACGACGGUUUUAUUCACCAGAUGUGACACUUUAUGGAUCCCUUUUUUUUUUUUUUAAAUCUUUCACUUCGCUGACUCUCCUUCCAGAGUGUUUUCACUUAACGGUUAAACCAGUUUGAACACAGAUCUUCCAGAUUAAACAUCAUCUUAUGCAGAGUAACGGACAGAUCCACCU